AUGGCCGAGCCGCAGGAGCAGUUACUGCAGCUCCAGAAAGAUAACCGAGAUGGCCGCAUGCGGAAGCAGGAGCUGGAGGAGUUGGUGCGCGGUCUCGAGGCCGAGAGCGAGAGCCUCACCGGGCGCCUACAGGAACUGCGCGAGCGCGAGCGCAGUCUGCAACGGAGGCGGAGCCAGGCGGCCGGGGCUCUAAGAGGGGAAGCGCACGAGGCGGCGCGAGAGCGUGCGGAGAGGACGCGUGAACUGCUGGAGGCGGCGGAGCGGCACAAAUUGGACCUGGAGCAACACAAUCAACAGUUGCAGGAGCAGUGGGAGGAGCUGUCAAGUCAGCUCUUUUACUACGGAGGGGAACAACGGAAUCAGCAGCGCGCGGUGCAGCAGCAACUCGGGACGCAAUUGCUGGCACUGCAGAAACAGCUGGAAGUGGUGGAGGCCAAGUACGCCAUGCAGGCGGAGGACUUACGGCAGGGUGCGCAGCGGACCGAGGAGGCCUGGGCCAGCUUCCAGGAGCAGAGUGGAGUCCUUCAGGAGCUGCAGGGGAAGGUGAUGGAGGCGGCGGCUGCGCUGGACACCUCGCGGGGCGGCCCAGAACCGUGGGACUCUCAGCUUCGCCGGGUGCAGGACUGCUCUGGCUCGCUGAUGGAGGAGGUGGCCAGGGCCGACUGUGAGAAGCGGCUGUUGGGCGGCGCAGGGGCUGGAGGCAUCAGGCUGUGGGCGCUCGGUGCGCUGCAGAUGUUGCUGUUGCUCCCGCUUGGCUUCCUGGCACUGCCGCUGCUCUAUGUGUUGCUGGUGAAGCAGGACGCCAUCCACCAGGGCCUCCCGCACCUCAGCUCGGAUGCUGCCUUUCGCCGCCUGCGCUACACGCUGUCCCCACUAUUGGAGUUGCGCGUGCGCGGGCUGCUGCCUGCUUAG